AAGCUAGUGACCUAUCUGUGAUGUUUCUGCUCAAUACCUCAGAAGUUGAAGUCUCCACAUUCCUAUUGAUUGGGAUACCAGGACUUGAGCAUGCACACAUUUGGAUCUCUAUCCCCAUCUGCCUUAUGUACCUCAUGGCCAUCCUGGGCAACUGCACCAUCCUAUUUGUUAUCAGAACAGAGCAUUCCCUGCAAGAUCCCAUGUACUAUUUCCUCUCCAUGCUGGCCCUGUCUGACCUGGGCCUGUCUUCCUCCUCCCUACCCACGAUGCUGAGAAUCUUCUUGUUCAACAACAUGGGGAUUUCUGCUGAUACAUGCAUUGCCCAGGAAUUCUUCAUCCAUGGAUUCACAGACAUGGAGUCUUCAGUUCUCCUAAUCAUGUCCUUUGAUCGCUUAGUAGCCAUUUGCAACCCCCUAAGAUAUAGCUCUAUUCUCACCAGCUUCAGGGUUUUGCAAAUUGGACUGGCAUUUGCCAUUAAAAGCAUUCUCCUAGUGCUACCCCUUCCUUUUACUUUAAAGAGACUCAGAUACUGUAAUAAACACCUUUUAUCCCACUCCUACUGCCUUCACCAGGAUGUAAUGAAGCUGGCCUGCUCUGACAACAGGGUUAACUUUUACUAUGGUUUGUUCGUUGCACUCUGCAUGAUGUCAGACAAUGUUUUUAUUGCUAUUUCCUAUGUGUUCAUCCUGAAGACUGUGUUGGGUAUUGCAUCCCAUGGGGAGCGGCUCGAAGCUCUUGACACCUGUGUGUCUCAUAUCUGUGCUGUACUCGUCUUCUAUGUGCCCAUCAUCACCUUGGCUACCAUGCGUCACUUUGCUAAGCAUAAAUCCCCUUUAGCUAUGAUUCUGAUAGCAGAUGCAUUCUUUCUGGUACCACCCUUGAUGAAUCCCAUUGUGUAUUGUGUAAAAAGUUGGCAGAUUGGAGUAAAGGUCCUGGAAAAAUUGGCUCUGAAGCCUAAAUGAUGGGGCAAAGGUGGAAAUUCUAUUUUUUUCACAAUACAUUUUCUUAGGAGAAGGACAGUGUUUCAUCCAAAUAGGAAAUGGUUCCAUUUACUUCAAAGUUUUAAAAUUAGCAUUAAUUAAUUAAUUGUUCAAUCAACUAAUCCCUAAGGAGCAUCUAAAAUACCACAGCUUUUCUACUUUUGAUAAAGAAGAGGCUUAUAUUUCAUGAAAAUGUUAUAAAUCAUUUUGUUGUUCUUUGGGUGAUUGAUAAAUUCAAUUCUCAGACACGAGAAGGAAGAGCAAAACUCUUGCAAAUCUUCUAAUGAGAAGUUAGGAAAAGUAGCCCUUAACUGUGGCUGGGAGAGUCCUACAAAAUUCUGGUACUAUUUAAUAUCUUGAUAUUUACCUCCUCUUAUUUUAUUUUCAUUGUGAUUUACAUUAAACUCUUUAUGAAGUGUC